AGAAAUACACUCAGAGGUUUGCCAUUGCCUGCCGAGGUGCGACCGCUAUUAGAAAAAACUUUUUCUUAAUUUUGGUGUUUCACCGAGAUUCGAAACUACGUUCUCUCUGAAUUCCGAAUGGUAGUCACGCACCAACCCAUUCGGCUAUGGCGGCCGCACAAAUGCAUAUGAAGCCUCCAAAAGCUGUUUUUUUGCAAAUAAUGCCGUGGCAAGAAACCGUGUGUGUGCAAAAUUUCUGGAGUUUGGUUGUUGAUGUUUGUUUCUAUUGCUUUCACCUACUCUUCCUCUUCACAAUUUUGCAGACGAAACGCAUCACAAUGAAGUCCCUACUUGAAUUGAACGACGACUGCCUCAUUGAAAUAUUUCAAUACCUUAGCCUUGUGGAAACCUUCAAUGUAAUCGAUGUGCACAAUAAUCGACUCACAGACAUUGCCCGGCAAAGAAUCGCAACAUUCAAGGAGUUAAAUAUUCAAAUACGCGAAUUUCCAAAUUUCACAUCGAAGCAGUUACAAAUUAUUGGUGCAAGUUUGCGCAGUCUUAUUAUGAGUGCCGGAUAUUCAAUACCAACGCAAACAGUGCUAAAUAUAAUAAAACCACUUUGCGAAGGUGCAGCCACAACCAAUCAACUGCGAGAGUUUACUCUAAAUUAUGUAUAUUUUAAUAAAGAAAUUUGCCAUUACAUCGGAAAUGUUGCAACAAAACUUCAAAAACUCAAUUUAAGCUAUUGCCAAUUAACGGAUGAACUUCUAACCGAAUUACUGAAGAAAUGCACUAAUUUAAAAGAACUGCACGUUUUAGGGAAUUACACACUGAACGGAUAUUUUCUGCAAAAUCUUUGUAUACCUACAUUGCGUCUACUCAAGCUGGAACAGCAUGCGGAGUGGAACUUCUCUCUUGAAGCAUACAAAAUUAAGAAUCCAAAUAUUCAAUUAAUAACAAUAUGAGUUUGUCGAGUGCGUAAGGAAUGUUAAACUAUUUAAUAUCUUUUCUUAACGAAUUACUUUUAUUCUAUAAGUAUGAAAAAAUAAUAAACAAUCAAAUAAGAAACACUCAAAACAUCUAUUAUAAACCCCUUUUUUAUUAUUGUAUUUGUUAUGCGAAUUGAAGACAUUUAGCGCCUUCAAUUGAAUUCAGAGCAAACUAAACAAUUUUUACGCAUACAUAGUUAUUGAAAUGCUGUUAAGAUGGGUUUAUACUUCGGCACUAUGCACACGUUAUGGGGAGAGGCUCGCGAGUGCAAGUGGCAAAAUUAGUUCAAA